AUGGUGCUUCCCUUAGGUCGCUGUAGCCUUUCGCUGCGUCGCGGCGCUUGUACGGGCUCCCUGACAUCGCUACGGGCCCGGCAAUGCCUCACAAGGAGCUUUGCCCAGAGCUCUCUUGCUCGUGCUUCUAAGAAGGAACAGCUCUUGGGUGCAUGGGAUAAGUAUAACAACGCGGAUAUACCUCUUGAAGACGGAAAAGACGGCAGGCGAGUCGGCUUCCUGGGAAAGAGGAGGAACGUCUCCAAGAGCCUUUCCUUUGCCGACCUCACCACUGCCUCGGGGGAUGUGAUCCAGAUCUGCUCAGAUGCUGGCAAUGACGCCGCUGCCCACUCCAUCUUCCGCCAGGUUCCCGCCAACAGCCCCGUGCUGGUCGAUAUCCAACAAAAACCCGCCGACACCAGCCGGGAAGCUCUCAACGAGGCAUCCUCCAAAUCAACCGUCUACCUCAAAGACAUUCGAGCCCUCAACACUGUCCCCCAGAACCUCAUCGUCACCCCCGAAGUGCAGUUCCCACCGACGAAGCGCCACUACCAAAUCCGCUUUCACCCCGAGCUGCAGGCCCGCCUUAAGUUCCGCUCAUGGCUGAAGGGCGAGCUGACGCAGAGCCUGCUGAAGAAGGGCUUCACCGACAUCGAGACACCGGCGCUCUUCAAGUCGACUCCCGAAGGCGCGCGGGAGUUCCUGGUCCCGAUGCGCCAGCGUGGCAUGGCCUAUGCGCUGGUCCAGAGCCCCCAGCAGUACAAGCAGGUCCUGAUGGCGGGAGGAGUCUCGCGGUACAUGCAAUGGGCCCGUUGCUUCCGCGACGAGAACUCGCGUGCGGACCGACAGCCCGAGUUCACGCAGCUCGAUAUGGAGUGGGCGUUUGCUGGUGCGCCUAGGGUUAGGCAGGACGUAAACGACAUCAUCUUGGCUGCGAUUGAGGCGUUGAGGCCGGCGCAUAGCUACAAGGACAUCCGGGGGGAGCGGAUUCCGGUCGUGUCUGAAAUCCCCAAUAGCUCUCGAACGCCUGACGAGCUUGAUGCGCAUCAAUUCACGACACUCAAGUUCCAGGACUGCAUCCGAGACUAUGGAAGCGACAAGCCAGACCUGCGCAUCCCAAACAAAAUUCAUGCUAUCCCGGACCUUGGUCCCUACCAGCAGUUUGUGAGCAUGAUCACUCACAUGGACGACCCUCUAGUUGAGGCGUUUACAUUCCAGCUGGACGGCUGCUCCCCCACAGAGGCGCGAAAGUUUGUCAUGAAGUUUAUGGACGACUUACCAACCGCAUUAGGUGAAAACCCGGACGGAAAGCCCCAGGUUCUUAUUUGCGACACGAGUAAGCCCAUGAGCGGCUUUUCAUCUGUCGGGUUCGAAUACCAGAAUGUGUUGGAUUUAGUCUCUGAAGGAAAAGAGAUCAAGGAUGGAGACCUCGUCGUCUUCCAGGCCCGAGAAAAGCCUGUUGGUCAGUACUGCUCGGGAUCAACCAAGAUUGGCGAUAUUCGCAUCGCCCUGUGGAAGGCACUCGUCGAGGCUGGGUACAUGGCCAAACCCAAGAUGGGAGAGCCCGGGUCGUUACAGUUCGUCUGGGUGACCGAAUUCCCCAUGUUCAAACCGACCGAGGAGGGAGAGCCUGGUCAGGAGGGCGCCGCUGGAAUCGCCGCGUCUCACCACCCCUUCACAGCUCCCUUCUCCAAGGCCGACCUAGAACUACUCUUCACCGAACCCCUGCAGGCCAAGAGCGCAGCGUACGACCUCGUCCUGAACGGCGUCGAGGUCGGCGGCGGAAGCGAGCGUAUCCACAUUGCUGACCUGCAAGACUUCAUCAUGCGCGACAUUCUCAAGAUGGCGGACAAGCGCAUCGGGGACUUUGCGCACCUGUUCGAGGCGCUACGAUCCGGCUGCCCUCCGCAUGCCGGCUUCGCCCUGGGCUUUGACAGGCUGGUGGCGCUCAUGACGGACACGCCUACGGUGCGAGAUGUCAUAGCGUUCCCCAAGACGAUGAAGGGCGAGGAUCCGUUUGUCAAGUCUCCCAGCAAGCUAACUAACGAGCAACUCGAGCCUUAUGGACUGCAACUCCUGCCUCGAACGGCUCAGUGA